AAGACAAGGAGGGGGUGAAGGGAAGGGAAAGAGAGAGUUCCUGUGAGAAAAUUCACUAGACACUAGUUGUUUGACCAUUGUUCCAUGCUUGACAAGAAUGUGCAUUAAAGUCAAUGUCUGGGUCAGCGUGCUUUAAUUUAGAUGGUGGAUGGAUUCUGUUACGAGCUUUUGUGUCAUUCUGCUUCAAGUCUUCACAGCAAAACAUCACCUGGAUCUGCUCAAAUGCAUCUAAUUGAGGAUUGUAAUCUUCUCCUGCUGGAUCGGUGAGCCAGAUGAACAACCCUACACCCUUUCACUUCUACAAAACCAAGGGGAAGAAUGUGUGUGUUCUCAUGCUGCUGUGUGUUCCCCUUUCCAUGAUGGACAUCCCUGGUCCUUGCAAACAUGCCAUAACCAUGGACCACCUGCUUCAACUAAAACAACUGAUUAGUAACCAGUUGCGGACUGGCUGUUCAAUCACAUAUACAUUCAUUGAGAGAAAACACCUGAGCAUGGUGUGUUAUGUGAAGGCUACUCUGCCAAGGGUGCUUGAACUGUUUAACGUCCACUUCAAAUACAUGCGGGGCUCAGGAAGUGCUCAAGCAGUGGUCUCCAUACAGAACCUCAUUCUCAACAUCUACUCCCAACACUGCAUACCUUCACUGAAUGAGGAACUGGAGGAAGACCCCGUAGCAUUCGAGAGGCAGUACAAUGAGACUCCUGUCCAAGCACUUCAAAGAGUCGAAGAGGUUCUGUCCCUCUACUUGCACCUCAUCACAUCCACUAACACUUCUGUUAACUGGACCUGCGAACAAGAGUAUAGCAGCAAUGUAUCCCCUACUGUGACACCGCUUACCACUAGCACAGAGACUGCGGUGGGAUUAUUCGGGCAAGAUCCUCAGGGGUCCUCCAGCGAUAAUUUCUACAGGCUGGGCUUCAUUGUGGUCUCCAUCUGUGGAGGAUUUCUUUUCCUACUCACUGCCUACUGCCUCCUAGAGAGAAAGAAGCUGCAACGCCAGCUUCACAGAACAAGAAUGUCAUCAGACUGGGGAUUACAAGUUGUCGAAAAUUUUGAAAUCCAAGAGGAAGUAUACCAGAUGACUGACCGACGGAAAGCUUUUGGCUCACACCUCUCCACUGCCUUCUAACUGAUUUGAGCUUCCUGGAUGCUCACAAGAGAUCACAACCAGUGACACAGACUGCCUUACAGACCACAACCGUAACAACACCUGACAGUGUUUCCAACAUCAGAGGAAACAGACUUAAGAUAUACUUCUGAUUUGUUAACAUAACCCUGGACCUUGUACAUAUGUAAAUAUGCAUAUUAUUACAAACAUUUAUUUCUGGACUACUGGAAAAGUCAAAGUAUUGCAUGCUAAGUAAUGCUACAGUUACAUCAAUUCACAACGCACCUACUGUAACAACUAGAAAAAGAAAAUCAGUCAAUCAUAGUUUGUUUCAUAGUUGUUUUCUGCUGUCAGUCUGCUAUAAUGCUGUUAUUGUUCAUAUGUGGGCAGUAUGUUACAGUAAAGGCUUCAUUUGUUAAUACAGAAA